UAACUGUCUUCUUCACAGCCACUCAUCAUCAUCAUUGCUCACUCCGGCAAGAGAGGAAGCGACUGACAUAAACUAAAACACUUUCGCACGUCUCUCUCUCUCUCUCUAAUCGCCGGCGAUGGAGAGCUUCGCACUCCACUCCCUCUCCACCACCGCCACUUCCGCUUCAUUCUCCCACCAUCCCUCACGCCAAUCUCUCCUCCGCCGUAUCUCAUCGAGAUCUCCGCCUUCAUCCAUCUCUCUCCGAUCUCACUCCGUCAAACCUCUCGCCUUCCCUCUCCUCAAACCAAUCCACCGCUUCUCCACACGCAUCGCCGCCGCGCCACGCGACGACUCUCCUCCCCCUCCUCCGUCUCCUCAACCGCCGCAAGGAGCGAAGCUAGUUCCUCUCAUCCUCUCCCUCUCCGUCGGUCUAAUCCUCCGAUUCGCCGUCUCAGUCCCGGAAGGAGUCACCCCGCAAGGCUGGCAACUCCUCUCGAUCUUCCUCUCUACAAUCGCUGGCCUCGUCCUCAGCCCUCUCCCCGUCGGAGCUUGGGCCUUCAUCGGCCUAACGGCUUCGAUCGUGACCAAAACGCUUUCCUUCUCAGCAGCUUUCUCGGCAUUCACGAGCGAGGUUAUCUGGCUCAUCGUCAUCUCCUUCUUCUUCGCUCGUGGAUUCGUCAAGACGGGGCUCGGUGAUAGAAUCGCUACUUACUUUGUGAAGUGGCUUGGGAAGAGCACUUUAGGCCUUUCUUAUGGGCUUACGCUUAGUGAGGCCUUGAUUGCUCCUGCUAUGCCUAGCACCACGGCUAGAGCCGGUGGCAUUUUCUUGCCGAUCAUCAAGUCUUUGUCUCUCUCUGCUGGAAGUAAACCGGGAGAUCCUUCUUCGAGGAAACUAGGGUCGUAUCUGAUCCAAUCUCAGUUCCAGUGUGCUGGAAACUCUAGUGCUCUUUUCUUAACUGCCGCAGCUCAGAAUUUGCUGUGUCUCAAGUUAGCGGAAGAGCUUGGAGUAGUGAUUGCAAACCCGUGGGUUUCUUGGUUUAAGGCUGCGAGUCUACCUGCAAUCAUAUCACUUCUUUGUACUCCACUUAUCCUUUAUAAGCUUUAUCCUCCAGAGACCAAGGACACACCGGAUGCUCCUGGUAUUGCUGCAUUGAAACUCAAGCAGAUGGGUCCUGUUACUAAAAACGAAUGGAUCAUGGUCGGUACAAUGGUUCUUGCUGUCACUCUUUGGAUCUGCGGAGAGACUCUGGGAAUACCAAGUGUUGUAGCUGCAAUGAUCGGUCUCUCCAUACUUCUUCUCCUUGGUGUACUCAACUGGGACGAUUGCCUUAGCGAAAAAUCAGCAUGGGACACAUUAGCUUGGUUUGCUGUCUUGGUGGGCAUGGCAGGACAGCUCACAAACCUCGGUGUUGUGUCAUGGAUGUCUGAUUGUGUAGCCAAAGCUCUCCAAUCUCUAUCCUUGAGCUGGCCUGCUGCCUUUGGUCUUCUCCAAGCAGCUUACUUCUUCAUCCACUACCUUUUCGCGAGCCAGACAGGUCAUGUUGGAGCUCUCUUCUCGGCUUUCUUAGCUAUGAAUAUAGCAGCAGGUGUUCCAGGCAUAUUAGCUGCACUUGCUUUAGCGUACAACACCAAUCUUUUUGGUGCUUUGACUCAUUACAGUAGCGGUCAAGCGGCUGUCUACUAUGGAGCGGGUUAUGUUGAUCUACCUGAUGUAUUCAAGAUUGGAUUCGUGAUGGCAACCAUUAAUGCGAUCAUCUGGGGAGUAGUUGGAACUUUCUGGUGGAAGUUUUUGGGUCUCUAUUGAUAACAAUUAUUGAAAUCAGCAAGAAGCUGCUUGUAACGACGGUACAAACUCUUGUUCAUCAUUUGGUUUCGAGGGUUAUUUUUUCCUCAUGAAAAACACGUUAACCCUUGUCA